AUGAAGGCUUCUCCACUGCUGAUCUCGUGGCACAACGACAAUGCCCCCAUCUAUUCCGUACACUUUGAUCCCAAUGGCAAGGGCCGACUAGCAACGGCUGGAAAUGACAACAAUAUCCGACUUUGGCGACUUGAGUGUACCGGCGAAGAACGAAAAGUGUCGUAUCUGAGUACACUGGUGAAGCAUACACAAGCCGUGAAUGUGGUUCGAUUCUGUCCCAAGGGUGAGAUGCUGGCAUCUGCCGGAGACGACGGCAAUGUUUUGUUAUGGGUUCCUUCAGAGCUACAAACACAACCUGGACUAGGAGAAGACCGGUCGGAUGACAAGGAGACCUGGCGUGUGAAGCACAUGUGUCGUUCCUCCGGAGCCGAGAUCUACGACUUGGCCUGGUCACCCGAUGGAGUCUUUAUUAUUACGGGCAGCAUGGACAACAUUGCUAGAAUCUACAAUGCAAAGAAUGGGCAAAUGGUACGACAGAUUGCGGAGCAUUCCCAUUAUGUGCAGGGUGUCGCGUGGGAUCCGCUCAAUGAAUUUGUCGCAACCCAAUCAUCCGACCGAUCGGUUCACAUCUACAGUUUGAAGACCAAGGAUGGCCAGUUUACUCUGACCCCUCAUGGCAAGAUUCUUAAGAUGGAUCUGCCGGCCAAACGUAUUUCGUCUAGCAGCCCUGCCCCGGAACCGACUAGCAGGCCAUCGCAAAGCACGACCAACUCCAUUGCUAUUGCAUCCCCAGCUCCUUCAACACCGGGAACUCCAAUGACCUCUAAUCUACCUAUGGACCCUCCUCCGGUUUCUCACAGUCGUCGUUCCUCCUUUGGCUCGUCCCCGUCCAUUCGGCGAUCCGCAUCUCCUGCCCCAUCUCUACCUCUACCUGCUGUAAAGCCUCUGGAGAUCUCAUCUCCGAGUCUUCUUGGAGGUCUUGGAGUGAAAAAUGCCAGCAUUUAUGCGAAUGAGACCUUUACGUCAUUCUUCCGGCGACUGACAUUCACCCCGGACGGAAGCCUCUUGUUCACACCUGCUGGGCAGUAUAAGACCUCUCAUGCCUCGGCCAAUGAUCCCUCAAAAACCACCGACGAGAUCAUCAACACAGUCUACGUCUACACGAGGGCUGGUUUCAACAAGCCACCCAUCUCCCAUCUGCCCGGUCAUAAGAAACCCUCUGUAGCUGUCAAGUGCUCGCCCGUGUAUUACACCCUGAAGCAAGGCGUCCAGCCAGUCAAGAAUAUGACAGUAGACACAUCUGCAGGAGGAGAGGCGAUGUUCCCUCCUUUGCCAGACUCUGUCGUAGCCUCGAAUACAUCGUCCACCAGCAAGCCUUCCAUGGAUCCGCCGUCUUCUAAUGCCCCAGGUGGAGAUGCAUCAAAAGCACAGCCCUCGCCGAAGACCUCUGAAAACCAUGGCAAUGAUACAGGAAUGGCGCCAGUCUUCGCGCUUCCUUAUCGCAUCAUUUAUGCUAUUGCUACACAGGAUGCUGUACUAGUAUAUGACACGCAACAACAGACACCAUUGUGUGUUGUAAGCAACCUUCACUUUGCUACCUUCACAGACUUGAGUUGGUCUAAUGAUGGAUUGACGUUGAUUAUGAGCUCCUCGGAUGGGUUCUGCUCUACUCUUUCAUUUGCCCCUGGAGAGUUGGGUCAGGUCUACACGGGCGCAACAUCAAUUGGCUUAAAUCCAGUUAGCACAAGCACCCCUUCGACCAACAUCACACCUUUGCCAACUCCAACACACAUCCCGUCACCAAUCAAAGCGACCCAUGCACCGGCUAGCAGUGGAAGCAUUCCCCCGGCUAAUAAUGGCCAAGUCCCUCCAGCAAGCCCUGCACGGUCUAACUCUGCGGGCUCCGUCGCGACACAAUCGUCUACGCAGCAGUCCGCAACUGUCAUCAACAACCCGACACCAACACUUGGCUCCGUGCCUUCGGUGACAGUAGCACACUCCGCGCAGCCUUCUGGCCUUCCCCUCACGACGCCACCGCAAACUCCUCUGCCAAACGCCGCUACCCCAUCUAUUGGUAGUGUGCUGGGCAAGCGUGAUGCACCGGCUACCAGUGAAUCCGAAAAGGAGGACAGCAAGGGCCCCGACUCGACGACGGCUACACAACAACCAAAGAAGCGCCGGAUUGCUCCAACCUUGAUUUCUGCCGGUACGGAUUCGGCGUCAUCCAAAGACGGCUCCCAAAAUCCUAAUAUCGGGAGCUGA